AUGACUGCCACGCGUACCGUCGUUGUUCCUGAACGUGCAGAGUCCAGAUCAAGGAGCUCAUGUAUUCCGUUUACGACCGUAGCUAUGUACUCAUCGUUGCGCCACAGUACCGGUAUUAUGAGAGUUCUGUUCCUAGUAAGCUUGUUGGUACUUUCAACUUGGGCUGCUAAUUCCGAUGAGGUUAUAAAAAAAGAUUUUGUUGAUUUGGAUAAUGCUGGUAAGCAAGCAGAUGUUCCACCUUUAGAUCAAGAAGACAUUGGAGAAAACUCCGCUGUUACAUCAGCCACCAAGACUGACGGUGACUUGGACUUCGCUCACGGUUUCUUGGCCAGUUUCUCUGUCAUCAUCGUUUCUGAACUUGGAGACAAAACAUGGUUUAUCGCUGUAAUCAUGUCAAUGCGUCACUCGCGACUCACUGUUUUUUCCGGCGCCAUUGCUGCCCUUGCAUUGAUGACUGUCUUAUCAGCAUGUCUUGGAUGGGUCACACAGUUAAUCCCUAGAGCGAUCACUUACUACAUCUCAACUGCCUUGUUCGCGUUGUUUGGAUUGAAAAUGCUGCAUGAAGGUUAUUACAUGAGUCCCACCGAAGGACAGGAAGGUUAUGAAGAAGCUCAAGCCGAAGUUGCCAAGCGUGAGCUUGAUCUUGAUGCUGGCAAGUUUGUAGACAUGGAAGCGGGUUCUAAUGGACGCAAUGAGAAAGAUAAACUGUUAAACAGAAAAUAUAAAAGAAGCUCUGCUUGGGUCAUCUUCUCCUUCGCCUCUCGCAUUUUCGUCGAAGCAUUUACCUUAACCUUUGUUGCUGAAUGGGGUGAUCGAUCUCAACUUACUACUAUCAUCCUUGCUGCUCGUGAAAACAUAGCUGGUGUUAUAAGUGGAGGAGUUAUCGGCCAUGCAAUUUGCACAGGAAUCGCCGUGCUCGGAGGAAAGUUAGUAGCCCAAAGGAUAUCCGUCCGCACAGUUACCUUAAUCGGUGGUGUUGUUUUCUUAAUAUUUGCUCUUUCAUCUCUCUUCAUUGGAGGAGGGGGAGAGGAAAAGCCUCUCGAUGUUUAA